CAUUAUCGUGUUUCUUAUUUGGUUCUUUUAGGCAUCUAUGCUAUUCCCUUGGAGAGCAUUUCUGGAAGAUGGAGGACUGUUUCCAGUUAUGAGGAGCAGCCCAGACACCCUAGAAUAUAAUAUGCAGCUGUGCCUCUGUAGGCUGAGCGACCCUGACCUUAAGGCGGCCCAUGGAGAGCUGGUGGGCAUGCAGCUGCUUUUGGAAGAUGUACUUCUGAGCAGCAAACAUAUGAUCAUGGAGGAUCCCUCCAGACAGCAAGCCACACUGGAUAAACACUCUCAAGCAGAUUUGUCCAGAGUGCCAGGAUUCAGAAGUCCAUUCCAAAGCAGCCCAAAAGCCUCCAGGCUGCUGAGGGGCCCAUGCAAUGCAGUGAUGUCCCUUGCUUUCUUGAGAUCAUUUCUGGUGCUGUGGAAGCAGCUGGAAGUGCUAAAGGAGCACUGGGGCCGACUCAAACUGCAAGGCCAGGACAGCGAUUCUGUCUCCUUCCACAAACAGUUCUCAGAACUCUACGGAACUGACAUUCUCUACCCCAGCAUGAAAGCUAUAGCUAGGCGGAUGGGGAAAGAAGAUGAAUUCGAAGGUAUUAUAAUAAGUAGCCGGUCUAUUCUUCCCCCCAAAGGAGCUUCAGAAAUUGAAAUAAAAACUGAGCAGCUUCAGAAACUUCUGGAAAAUCUUGAAACUCAUCUGAUCCAAGAAGUAUUAAGAAAAGUUAACAGAGAGAUAGCACUAGUGGUAUCAGAAAAAUCCAAGGAGCAGGGUGCUCUCCCUACAGAUCACAUUCAGGAAAGACCACCUUGAGGCCUGCCUCCUUUCCUUGGGUUGUGAUGUGAUGGCGAGAGAACACAGCAACUUCGA